AUUAAUUAUUAUUAAAAAAAAUGGCUCCCAUUAUGCUAUUAUCAUCAUCACUGGCGACAGUAAUAAUAAUAUUAUUGACAGCCAUUGAUAUACAUUGUGUAAAACAACAACAACAACAACCUCAACCUCAACCACAACAACAUCCCUGUCCUUGUUUGGCCACAAAUGGAUCGGUUAGUAAUCAUCCAACGGUCAUUACUAGCGAGGAAUGUGCCAAAUAUGAUGGCAUUUAUUAUAGCCAAAUACACCAUAAAUACCGGUGCCAGUGCUGUAUAUUAUAUAAAAAGCUGAAUGAAAGUUGUAAACCCACUGACCAUCACAACAAACAACUGGUGGUCCGCUGCGACACUGGCCUACAGUGUACUGUUGGCCAUCAGCAGGUGUGCAUAGAGAAACCACACGUUGAGAUCCUAUUGAACGAGUCGCUGAUGAAGCCGCGCAAUGGUAAGACAUUUAGGGAACGGCUAAACCAAAUGAUACGAUCGAUGUUUGUGUGCGAUUGCGGACAAAUCAAGUGCAACGAUGAGAUCACCCAACAAGAGUGCCAGGAGUUUAGGGGAUUGUUUGUCGAUAAACUAAGUCAGACCCAGGGCUGCCAGUGCUGCGACAGUUGCAUAAUAUCGAGAGGUCAGUACGAAAAGUGUGGUAAUCUAAUCAAUCGUAACAUACAGUUUAACUGUGACACUGGUCUGGUAUGUCAUCCCUACAAACGUGUUUGUGUCGAUAAAAGCGAAUUAUAUCCAUCAAAAAGCCAGGGGAUAGUCAAGGCUAUGGGUUGGGGAGAUAGUGGAGGACUAGAAGGAGAUGACAGGGAAAGAGUACAGGGAUUAAAACAACGACAACAACAACAAUCGCUGAUCGAUAGUCAAGAUAAGUAUGACAACAUGGAUGACGAUGUUGUCAAUGACAAGUAUGGCUACAAUGGCAAUGACGGCAUUGGCGCUGCCGUCGGUGUCGACGACAUGUAUAGCGGUGAUCGUCGUCGACCACUAUUACGCCGUCGUAAACGAGAUGACUCGUCGGCGGCGGCGGCGGUCAGCGAGUCGUCCGAUAAUGUACAACAAGAAAAUGGCCAUAGUACCGAUGAAACAUCGGCGGCGGCCGCUGCGGACGAACAUCUUUCGACUACCGAAGCCGGCGAUGUGGUUCUGAAAGAAGCGCAAUCAUCUGAUACUAGCGAAGCCGCUGUCGCUGCCGCUGCCGGCGUCGGAGGCGACGGAGAUGUGGCCCUUAAAGAACCGGCACCUGUCGACGAAGCUACCGAACCCGAUGCCAUAUUGAUGGCUACCGAUCCAUCGCGUAAGUCGUGGGACACACGACACAGUGUACACCAAUCGUUGGCCGCAUUUAUCAAAGCCUGGAAAGAGGAUAUCGUUAAGGGAGCCAAACAACUAAGCCAUGAAUUGGAAACUAUAGCCAGAACAGAGGCGCCGGCUUCUGAUGACAAACGAAAAAAUAUUCCCAAAUAAUUUUCUACAAUAAAUAAAUAUAAUAUACGAUAUGUGUAUAUUUUUUCUAU